AUGGGCGGCGGGAAGGAAACUCCAUGCCACCACAGCUUGAAAAUGGCGGAAAUGUUGGGCCCUAGCCCGAAUGUUCAUCUGCAUGCCGUGGUGGACCUGGGAAGCAAUGGUAUUCGAUGCUCAAUUUCGGACCUUUCAGUACCAACUACUCGAGUGAUUCCUACCGUCCAUUUUCAUCGUGUCAAUGUCUCAUUGUAUGAGGCGCAGAUUGACCCUGACACGGGCAACCGCAUUCCAAUCCCCCAGUCAGUCAUCGACCGCGUUGUGAGCGCCAUUUUACGAUUUCAGAUAAUAUGUGUGGAAAUCGGCGUUCCGGCUACCAAUAUUCGGCUCAUUGCUACUGAGGCCACUCGAACGGCUAUCAACUCUGCAGCUUUUACGGAAGCGAUACGCAAAACAACUGGCAUCACUGUGGAAAUGCUCCCAAAGGAGGAGGAGGGUAUUGUUGGAGCAUGGGGCAUUGCAAGCAGCUUUUCUGACGUGGAAGGUCUGGCCUUGGAUCUGGGCGGCGGCAGCAUGCAAAUGACAUGGAUCAUAUCCCACACCGGCAAUGUCCGCAUUAGCCCCCGAGGCUCGGUCAGCUUUCCUUACGGAGCGGCCGCGUUGACGCAGAAACUGGCCGACCUGAAGCGAGGCAAAAGUAAAGGUGACGCAGAAAAGGCCAAAGAAAAAUUUCGCCAUGAGAUGGCUGCCAACUUUCGGGCAGCAUUUGACCGUCUCGAAAUUCCUGGGAGUAUGAUCGAAAAGGCCCAGUCACAGGGUGGCUUCCCGCUCUAUCUUUCAGGUGGAGGUUUCCGGGGAUGGGGCUAUCUCCUUCUGUAUCUGCAUCAAACUCGCGGACAGAGCUACCCCAUCUCAAUCAUUAACGGGUAUUCAGCGCUCAAGGAAGAUUUUGAAAACACCGAGGCCCUGGAGGAAGUGGCUCGCACAGCUCAUGAGAUUUUCCGAGUGUCUGACCGGCGCCGCAAACAGGUUCCAUCAGUCGCAUUUCUAGUGAAUGUAUUGGCUGAAUCAUUGCCGCAUGGGAUCAAAGAAGCACAUUUCUGCCAAGGAGGUGUACGGGAGGGAGUACUCUUUCGGGAUAUGCUCCCGGUGAUCCGUCAACAAGAUCCUCUUGAGGUCGCAACGGCGCGUUACGCAACUUCAUCAGCCCAGUCCAUUGCCGCGUUGAUGCUGGCUGCACUUCCCCGUCCAAUGGAAGGCCGAUCGGUUCCACCUUCCAUUACCACACAUUUGGUUCAAGCUUUUGCCAAUGCUCUCUACGUACAUGCAACUAUGCCGAAAGAGUUAUCUUCCAGCGCUGCUUUGUAUAGCACAAGUACUGGAAUUCUUGCAUCUACCCAUGGAAUACCGCAUUCCCACCGCGCUCUUCUGGCAUUAAUGCUCCAGGAACGCUAUGGAGGAGAAUUACCACCUCGCGACGUUGAAUUGAAAACUCAUCUGCAGGGAAUUCUAACCCCGGAGGAGGUCUGGUGGACACGCUAUCUGGGCAAAUUGGGACUCGUUCUCGGUGCCUUGUAUCCUACCGGGUCUAUUGACUCUUCCAAACCGCGUAUUGUCCCCUCCGCCAGAUGGGCAGAUGGGCUUGGCAAAAAGGGGAAGAAAAAUGGAUUGGAGUUGAAUAUUGCCAUCCAAAAAGUCGCAUAUGACCCCACUCACCUCAAAGAGGAACUUACCCACGACGUCCAGAAGAUUGUGAAAGUAGGGAAGCGCAAGCACUGGAUUGGAGGUGCGGAUGGCUGGGGCAUCAAAGUGGUCGUUUCGGUACGAGAGGAGGAUUUGUUGCAGUGA